AUGCUGCCUUGCCGUGCGGCACUGCUGAAAACAGUAGACUGCUGCUGCUACUGCUCCAGGGGUAGCUGGGACACUAGACAAGAAAGGGCGCGUGGAGAGACCGCCGCUAGGAACGGUAGACUGGAGAUUGCCUGGCAGUGCAGGACUGCCAGAAACAGCGGACGAGCAGGGCUGUGGCAGUUUGGCUGCCAGAAACAGUGGACAAGGGAGGUGGCUGUGGUGGGAGGGAUGCAAGGAACAGCGGAUGAGGUGGGCGCUGCGGUGGAAGGCCUACGAGAAGUGGUGGAUUGGAUGGGACUGUGGCAGAAGGGCUACAGGAAAUGGUGGAAUGGAAGGGGUUGUGGUGGAAUGACUGCCAGAAACAGUGGACAAGGGAGGUGGCUGUGGUGGGAAGGCUGCAAGGAACAGCGGAUGUGCGAGGGCCUGUGGAAGAAGGGCUGUAGGAAAUGGUGGAUUGGAAGGCUCCUGGAGGGAAAGGAUAAUCAGAGGAAGCAGCCAUGCGAGGAGAGUGCAAAUUUUGGGUGGGUGGGGGAAAAUAGAGAAGUACUUGCCAGCUUCAAGGUGGGGAUGGUGCGGGGGCGCCAGCACACGUGUGUCAGCACACGUGUGUGCAGCAGCUGCCCAAUCUGCUGUGAAGACUUGUGCGCGCUCGAGCUUCGGAGGACUGUGGUUGGAGGCGUCAGGAGAUGCAGCGGGUGUUGGGCGAAAAUGGGCUCGGACAGCCUCGCAAGCUGGUGGCCUUUUCUGACGCCUGACAUGGUGGAGACGUGUGGCCCCCUGGGCCCGCCUUCGGCUGCGUUUAGGUGGCUUGGCGUAGGUUUAGGACACUUGAGAGUGUGGGACGGGGUUCAUGGGGGCUGUCGGUGGGGCCACGAGAUGGACAGACCUGGGAUUUUGGCUUUUCUUUUGCGCUUUUACUGCCAGUUUCCUUGUCGUUUGCACGGCAUGUAA